UAUGCAAUUAUGGAGAAAACAUUAAUCUCUUUUCUCUCAUUGCUUCAGUAUGUUAUGGUUAGUUCAGCUAUGACCCAAACCAACACUACCACUGAUCAAUUAGCUCUUUUUUCUUGAAAAUCUCAAAUCAUUUUCGACCCCUUUCACUUCUUGGAUAAAAGUUGGUCUCCCGCUACUUCUGUUUGUCAUUGGGUUAGAGUCACCUGUGACUUUCGUCACAAGAGAGUGAAUUCCUUGAAUUUUUCUAAUAUGGCUCUUACGGGCAGAAUUCCACAAGAUUUUGGAAACCUCUUAUUUCUUGUUUCUCUUGACUUAGGAAGCAACAACUUUCAUAAAAAUUUCCCUCAAGAAAUGGCACGCUUGCAUAUGAUUACGUUUGUUGAUUUAUUUUUCAACAACUUCAGAGGAGAGGUUCCUUCUUGGUUUGGGUUCUUACACCAACAUCAAUUUCUAAGUAGUAGGAAUAAUAGUUUCACUGGUUCCAUUCCUUCUUCAUUUUCUUAUCUUUCCACACUUGAAGACUUUAAAUCUUAACUUCAAUUCCAUAGAAGGUCAUAUCCCUGUGUCUCUCUCGAAUGGCUUGAGAUUGGAGAGGUUAGAACUAUUUGGCAAUACACUUCAAGGAAACAUUCCAGAAGAGAUCGGAAAUCUUCACAACAUGAACUGGUUGUCAAUACAAUUUAACCAACUUACGGGUUCCAUACCAUUAACAAUUUUCAAUAUUUCUAGAAUCAAAGUCAUUUCAUUUAGAGGCAAUAGCCUAUCAGGAAAGCUGCCAAAUGUUUUAUGCAAUGGCCUCCCAAUAGUCAAAGUGCUUUAUCUAUCAAAAACAAGAUUCAUGGUAAUAUUCCCACAAGCUUAUCAAAUUGUUCACAAGUUCAACAAUUGACUUUAUCAGAAAUUAAAUUUGAUGGACCAAUAGAUAGUGAAAUUGGAAGUUUAACUAAUCUACAGGUCUUGGCUCUCGGAUCUAACCAUUUCACUGGGAUAAUUUCACAAGAAAUUGGGAAUCUUGUUAAUUAGAUGGAGUUAUGGAUGGAGAGCAGCCAGAUGACCGACUCUGUCCUGAUCUCCAUAUGCAAUAUCUCGGUGUGGCAAGUUUUUUCACUGUGGAGAAACAAUCUUAGUGGAAUCUUACCACGGGAGAUUUGCAACUUAAUCAAGAUGCAAUUUUUAUAUCUUGAAAAAAAUAGGUUUACCGGUGGAAUACACAAAGAGAUGAGCAAUCUAAUUGAGUCGGAGGUACAUGAUUGUUAUGACACGAACCGAGGCCCUAGCCGUGAUGAGCAUCUCGAACCACAAAGGCCCGGACGCCCUUGUCUAUCUGGUGGUAUACCCUACAAUUUCACAGCUUUCACCGAGUACCUUAUCUCAGUUGCUGCCAAGAUAGGAGUACUACUGAGGGAAGAGCACACAAGAUCACACAGCAGGGUGCCACAACCCAAAUCAAUUCACUAUGUCGUGGUUGGGCUCAUGAUCACAAAGCAGGGCUCCAAACGAUAAAUCUUGAUUUGGGAUGACAAAGUACUAGGUACACUAGAUCACAUAGCAGGGUACGAAGUUCUCGUGUUGGCAAUUCACGAUUUCCGGCAUAGAUUCAUCUAACUCAUGCUUUCUUCAGGUAACCACCUAACACACAUUAACCCAGUUUUUAACUCUUUAAUACAUGUAUUCUCUGAAAUCAAAGUGUGAAAUCUCUGACUAUGUAUGGAAUGCAUUUAUAUGGUAUCGUCAUACCAUUGACUUGCAAUUUACAUCUCUGAGCCAUUUAUAGCAUAUUAUCAUCUCUUCUUCAAAACAUGAAGUUUGGGACUACCAUAACAAUAAAUCAGUUCAAAUAAUUCUUUCUUUUAAAUUCAUGUAAACAGAUGCAAAAAAAACUUUCUCUUUAUCAACAUUUCAAUAAUACAAGGUGGUCAUGUCAUGUUUCUCAAUUACAUGCACUUAUUUCUCUUUCAAACAAGAACAUAAUUUUAUUAAGAAACACCCUUUCAUCAUCUCUAAAUCAUGUUCAAAUACUAUAAUGUUGAGAAAACUACUUUCAAAACAUAAAACACGCAUUUCAACACUUUUCCGACAUGAUCAUAAACUUUAAUUCAUCACAAGAGAGGGGUUUCAUAAUUUGUGGUCUCAAACAAUCUUCAAUUCAAUACAUAUACAUAUAGAUGUAAAUCAAUUUAAGGGGGAAAGACCUAAAGGCCAAAACAAUAAUAUCAUUAAAACAUUCAUGAUACAAAAUUAAAAUCAUGGAUUCCAAAACCCUUUUAUAAAUUCAUGCUUGAUAAACUUUAAAUUCUAAUCAAGCGUUUCAAUGAGACCAUGCAAUUUUUACGAAGAACCCCAUGUACCUUAAAUUAGAAGAUUUUAAAUGAACUCUAGCUUUUGGAAUGCUAUACGUAUGAUAGAUUGGUGCUUCUUGUAGCCCUCAGAAUGGAGAUUCCAAAUCUUCAAGAAUUAAGGAAAAGUUACGGUUAAAUCUUGAGAUAUAUUAAUCUUUGGGUCGAAACCCUAUGGAGGAUUCUUUGUGAUUUUGGGAGAAAUAACCUUAUUUUGGUGUUUGGGGGAUUUAAUGCCAUGUUUAAGAUGGAAGAGGGGUUGGAAAUACCCAAUUUUCCCUUAAAAACGAGAAAACAAAAUCUGGAAAUUUGGUGCGUGCGACAGAGCGUGCGUCGCACGCUAAUCGCGUGCAGCUACUGUCACUCUCACAAAAAUGAUUGUAACUCUUCGCUCGUGUAUUGGAUUUAGGCGAAAUUGGUAUCUUUGAAAAGAUAAUUUGAAGAACUUUCAUUUGAUGUAAAGUAGGUCCUCUAAUUCAUCAUAUACUAGGAGAUAUGGUCAGUGGAAGUUGACCUAAGUUUUAAUAUACACUAAAACUUAAUCAAUAGAAAU